CGGUGCACUAAAAUACGCCGGGGAGCACCAUUGCCACACCCUUCUUCCCAUCUCUAUAACUGAAAAUGAAUUGUUGUUGCAACGAAGACGAAGACGAAGGCGAAGGCGAAGGCAUCCUCCAACCGCUCCAUCCCCAUUCCCUUACAAUUCCCAACGCCCCAACCCUAACCCUGGGCUGCGCUUCCUCCGCCAGGUCCAACGGCGGUGAGGUCACCGUGCUGUCGCCGAUGAACUCCAACUUUGAGGCUCUAGUUUGCAGGGACGUGCUCCGGACAAUCUUCGAGAAGCUCCCGGUGGUGGAUCUAGCUCGGGCGGCGUGCGUUUGCAGGUUGUGGUGGUCUGUGGCCUCCGACCGGGAGAUGCAGACCAGGGCCUUCAAGGCGCCGUGGAAGUUGAAGGACGUCGUCGGGAAUCCCAGCUCCGGAAGCUUCUGGAGAGACAAUGGCCUCGGCCGCUUCGCGAUUUCGCACCACUUGGUCCGUGGGGACUCCGUUGCUAGCCUCGCUGUCAAGUACUCUGUUCAGGUUAUGGACAUAAAACGCUUGAACAAUAUGAUGAGUGACCAUGGCAUAUACUCAAGGGAGAGAUUGCUAAUCCCUGUAGGCAACUUUGACCUUCUGAUUGGUGGUACAUGCUACAUAGAGCUGGAUGCUUAUGCCAAAAGGGAAGUGGCAGUACUCUAUCUGGAGGGAAUCCCUGACAGGAAGGCCAACUGCCUGUUGAAUAGGGUGUGCUCUGAUCGAGGCAAGAGAAGGAUAAUUGAUUCCUUGAAGAGAAGCAUGCAAGUCGAUGAUGGAACUGCUCGAUAUUACCUUUCCAUAUCAGAUGGUGACCCCCGAGCUGCACUUACAGAAUUCUCCGAGGAUCUUAGAUGGGAGAGAAAGACAGGGUUGGCCUAGAUCCAUGCUCAAUAAAUUGACAAGCCUGGACUUGCUGGAAAAUUGCAAAGCUUGGUGCUGAGACAGAUAAGUCUCAAUGCCGGGAUACUAUUAUACAUUCACAAAGUAUUCAUGUACUGGCAUUUCAUACAUUCAUCUACGUUCUGUAAAGCCCCCCAUGCUUGUGUGCUUCCUGCUUCAAACAUGCAAUAAGGCGUCUCUAGCUGAACUGUCAUUGUUAUAAAUCAAUAUGACUACAACUUGGUUCAUUGUGUAUGAUCGAACCGAUUGAUUUCUGCCCAGACUGCAGCAUUCCUUCAUUUAGCUGCAAUUAUCCGAGAGAGUUGCCACCCAAUUAUUCAA